GGACGCUUGAAGCCGGGUUUGCUCUGCGAUUGUCAAGAGUUAUAGAUGGCGACUUUCAAUGCCGCGAACUUUUAUGGGAAGAAGAAAGAAGAGCCAAUAGCUGUCCUCAUCCCCCAGAGUGAUGUAUCUGAGGCUGAAAUGGACUCUUCGGAUGAAGAGGAAGAACAACUCAUGAGAACAGGAAAAAACAAACGACAACAUGCUCAAGAUGAUUGUCCAAUUGAUAUCAGUCUUGAAGUCGAAGGUGAAGGCGACGCCGAGGAAGAUCAAGCCAGCGCAAGUGCGAUACUUCCACCAGCGUGUCCUAAAGAGAAUAAGCGUUCAAAGAAAGAAGCACCGAUCUGGAAGAAAGGCGACAUCAUGCCUGUGAGCUCGGAGUUCACAGAAGGUUUCGGACCCCCACCUGAUGAACUCCCAUCACCAUACCAGUAUUUCAAGAUGUUCUGCGACGAUUCAGUCUUCGAGAACUUCGCUGCACAGACAAAUCUCUACUCGGUGCAGAAAACCGGAAGCUGUGUGAAGACGACUGCAAAAGAAAUGGAGCAAUUCGUCGGAAUUCACGUCAUAUUGGGUGUCGUCAAGGUUCCGUCGUACAAGAUGUACUGGAGUGAAACCACGCGUUAUUCCACCAUCGCCGAUGUGAUGCCAAGAAACAGAUUUAGUAAGCUGAGAUCUCAGUUCCAUAUCGCUGACAACAGUGAGAUGACCCCACCCACUGAUCCCGACCAUGACCGGUUAUUCAAAGUCCGACCGCUACUUGCCCAGGUGUCCAAAAACUUGGCUAAAGUUGAGCCCGAAGAGUACAACGCGGUGGAUGAAAUGAUAAUUCCCUUCAAAGGUCGAUGCGCACUCAAGCAGUACCUGAGAAACAAGCCCGAUAAGUGGGGCAUCAAGGUGUUCGCCCGAGCAGGUGCCAGUGGAUUUGUCUAUUCAUUUGACGUGUACGUGGGCAAAGCAACGAUCACCCAACCUUCUGAUCUCGGCAUUAGUGGGGACAUUGUCAUCGAGCUCACAGGCUCGCUUCCACCAGGCAAAGGCUUCAAGGUUGCCUUCGACAACUGGUUUUCCUCGUAUGGAUUAGUAUGUGCGUUGAAAGAGAGGGGUCUUCUCUCUGUUGGCACAGUGCGCCCGAACCGUCUCCCGGGCUGCUCAUUCAAGAAUGACCAGACAUUGAAGAAGGAAGGUCGUGGAAGUUUCGAUGUGACCACUGAGCAGAAGGGCAACGUAGUCGCUGUAAAGUGGUACGACAACAAGUCUGUCCAUUUGGUGUCAUCCUAUGUUGGAGCAGCCCCAAAAGGACAAGUUGAAAGGUGGAGCUCCACCAGCCACAGUCAUGUGACUGUUGAACGUCCUGCCAUCGUCAGUGAAUAUAACCAGUUUAUGGGGGGCGUCGACUUGUGUGACAUGCUCGUGGAGCUCUAUCGCUGUGAUAUACGAGGUAGAAGAUACUACCUUCGAAUCGUGUUUCACCUCAUUGACGUUUGCGUCGUGAACUCCUGGCUGCUGUACAGAAGACACUGCUCACAGACUGGUACGCAAUUUCGGCUACUUGUGGAAUUCCGUAUGCAGAUUGCGCGGGCACUCCUCAAAGCAGGAAAACUGGACGAAAGAAAGCGUGGUCGGCCUUCUGCUCUCGAGACGCCUCCUCCCAAGAGAGCAAACGCACAGCCCCGGCUUGUUCAAGAUGUUCGCCUUGACAUGAUUGGUCACUGGCCAGUUCACUCGGAGAAGAAACAGAGGUGCAAGCUCUGCAUAGUUUCAUACUCCCGAAUUCUCUGCGGGAAAUACAACAUGCACUUGUGUCUCAACAAAGACAAGAAUUGUUUUCGAGCUUUCCACGUCAAGUAGAGGCCAACUACACAGCUUUUGUAUGAGGACACCCAAGGCAACAAAGUGCCAAUGAUGCCAAUUGGAAUCAUCCAAUAUACCAACCAUGUUAACACCAAAUCAUGA